UCUCAAGAAAGCAUUCAACAUUUUCAAGAUACUGAAAUUACUUCGCCAGAUUGGAACUGAAGUCUCUUUUUAUAUUGGAUUUUAAACAAAGGUCUUGUAUAUCGCCAUGAAGCUGAUAACAUCAGCAAUAUGUCUCCUGUCACUGGCUAUCCUCACACAGGCAAUGCCAAGGGCUCGAAGGGAUUCUUGUGACAGCAGUUCCGGAACGGUUUGUGGUUCGAAUGGACGAACGUACCACAACGAAUGCGAUGUCGAGGACGAUUCUUCGAGGUCAGGAGUUUCCAUCUCCGUGAAUCAUAAGGGAUCAUGUCAUAAAACUACUUUCCAAGUACCACGAGCUCCCAGUCGUCCCGCACCAAGAGCACCAUAUGCUCCACGUGUUCCUGUAGCACCAAGAGCACCUUAUGCUCCGCCUGUUCCUGCUGCACCCAGAGCGCCAUAUGCUCCAAGGGUUCCUGUCGUACCACGUGCUCCCCUUCCCCCUGCCCGAGCUCCCGUUGUACCUCCACGUGCUCCUCUUCCCCCUGCCCGAGCUCCUGUUGUACCACCACGUGCUCCGCUUCCUCGGGCCCCUGGAUUUGCACCUGCUGCCCCUGUACCAGGUGUCGACGCUGAUGUCGAUGUAACGGUCACCGAAUACGAUCUGGAUAACUCAGCAGAUGGAGGCAAUAGCGACAGUGGCAGCAGCGAGGAGUACGAAUAUGAAAGUACCGGCGGUGACACUACCGACGGAACCGAUGGUACAGAUGGAACAGAUGGAGUCACGAAUGGAUUAAAUGUCGUAUUUCCUGUUGCCCCCGCCAAUGCACCCGUUCCGGAUGUGGAUGUUACCACUACUGAAUAUGAAAACGCAGCUGAUGGAGAAUACGAAUAUGGUAGUGAUGAGGACAGCAGUGAGGAGGAAUAUGGCACUAGUAUAGUUGUUGGUGGUACUGACGGGACAGAUGGGAACACAGAAAGUGAAGCAUCAACUGGUGGUGUCGUUGUACCAGGCACUUCUGCUGGUAUACCAGGCUUUCCAGGAGUUUCUUCCCCAUCACGUCCACGUGCUCCAACAUUUGGCUCACCUGCCGUUCCCCGUGUUCCGUUCCCUGCUCCAAGAGCUCCUGUUGUAGCGCCUCCACUUAUUCCUCGGGCACCAGCUCCUCCUACCGCUCCUGGUGCCCCGUAUGCUCCGAGCGCCCCACUACCCCCACAAACACCAUACGCCCCACCUGCCCCCCGUGUCCCGCAGGCCCCACAAACGCCAUAUACACCUCAGGCUCCACGUGCCCCACAAACGCCAUAUGCACCCCAGGCUCCACGUGCCCCACAAACGCCAUAUGCACCACAGGCUCCUAGUGCCCCACAAACGCCAUAUGCACCCCAGGCUCCUAGUGCCCCACAAACGCCAUAUGCACCCCAGGCUCCUAGUGCCCCACAAACGCCAUAUGCACCACAGGCUCCAUAUGCCCCACAGACGCCAUAUGCACCACAGGUUCCUGAGGUUCCAUAUUCCCCACAUGCCCCUUACACCCCAAAUGCUCCGCCAUCCGGACCUUACGCUCCAUCUUCUCCAGGGUAUGGCAAUGAUGACUCUUACCACCAAGGCUCUCCAUAUGCUCCAGCAGCCCCUGCAUACCCACGUGCCCCGGGAGUCUAUCCAACUGAUGAGGGAACCUGCUCUCAACGCGAUGCCAGUGGCCGUUGUGCCCAGUAUGCUCCAACAGGUGGAUGUGCCCAGCGUGAUGCUAGCGGACGUUGUGUCCAAAAUGCACCUACAGGUGGAUGUGCCCAGCGUGAUGCUAGCGGACGAUGUGUCCAAAACGCACCUACAGGAGGGUGUACCCAGCGUGAUGCUAGCGGACGUUGUGUCCAAAAUGCACCUACAGGAGGGUGUACCCAGCGUGAUGCCAGCGGACGUUGUACUCAGCAUGGUACCAGUGGUUCUCAAACGUCUACCGGAUGCGUGCAGCGUGACGCCGCUGGACGAUGCACACAGUAUGGUGCUGCAAGGGGCUGCACUGGCUUUGGAUGCAACGAAGGAGUUUAUAACGACGAUUUGACACUCGGUGCGUUCGCCUAACUUUGUAUUCUCUUUACCAGCGUGAGGAUGUGAGCAUAUUUGAGUAGGCCAUGGAUCAUGCAUCGGUAACCAGAUGAUUAGGUCUUGAUAUUCGAUCUAUUUAUAUAUUUAUUGUUUGUUUUUAUGUAAUUGAACAUGUUUUUCCAAUUCGAGUGUGUAAAUAAUACAUAAUAACCAUAUGAGAUUCAAUUAAAAUUGACCACAUUUUAAUUGAAUAAAACAUGUACCACCCCAUUCACUUACUAGCUGUUUGAGAAUAUUAUUAUCAAUAAUAAUGUUGAGCUUGCUUAUUUCAAUUUUUUGCCAUAGAAUGAUAUUAAAUAAAAGUAUUCUAUUUCAGAAAGCUUUCCGUUAUUGCAAUAGAAACAUGUGAACAAACAAAGAAUCCUGUAUACCUCACUUUGAAAGUUGGCAAAAUGUGUUUGUAACUCAUGUUUUUAUUUAAAUGAAUAAAGUUAAUACGAUAACUCGA